GGCGGCAACGUUCGCGUCGCGGUGCGAUGCCGACCGUUCAACGCCCGCGAGAAGCAGCUCGGCUCUCCGUGCGUCCUCCGCAUGGCCGACAAGACCACGACCAUCGUCAACCCCGUCACCGGCGACGAGAAGACGUUCACGUUCGAUUACUCCUUCUGGUCGCACGACCCGUCGUCCACGGACCCGCCGUUCGCGUCCCAGCAGGACGUCUUCGACAGCGUGGGCGCGGACGUCCUGGAGAACGCGUGGCGCGGGUACAACGUGUGCCUGUUCGCCUACGGACAGACGGGCAGCGGUAAGUCGUAUUCCAUGGUUGGCUGCGGCGACGCCGCCACGGAGGGCAUCGUGCCCAAGGCGUGCCGCGAGAUCUUCGCGCGGCUUGACAAAACCCGCGGACAAAAGGCCCAGGUGGAGGUGACCAUGAUCGAGAUCUACAACGAGCGCGUGAGGGACCUGCUGGACGUCGCGACGAACGCCAACCCGUUCGAGACGUCGGAAGCGGCGGGUCUGAAGGUCCGGACGCAUCCAACCGUCGGAUCGUACGUGGAGGGUCUGACGCCGUGCGCGGUGAGGGACUACGACGAGGUGGAGGCGCUCAUGGCGCGCGGGGCGGCGGCGAGGACGGUGGCGGCGACGAACAUGAACGCCGGGUCGUCGAGGGCGCACACCAUCGUCGAGUUGAGGGUUCGGCGGUGGGAAAGCGACGGCGUCGAGGUUUCGAGUCGGAUAUCGCUGGUGGACCUCGCGGGUUCGGAGCGGUCGGACGCGGCGGGGUCGAGCGGCACGCGCCUGAAGGAGGGCGCCGCGAUCAACAAGUCGCUCUCCGCGCUGGGUAACUGCAUAGCCGCGCUGGCGGAGCGAAGCUCGGGGAAAGGGAGCUCGACGAAGCAGAUCCCGUACCGUGAUUCCACGCUGACGCUGCUGCUGAAGGACUCGCUCGGCGGCAACUCUCGGACGGUCAUGAUCGCCGCGCUGUCACCCGCCGCGGUCAACUACGAGGAGACGCUGUCGACGCUGCGCUACGCGGACAGGGCGCGGCACAUCGUCAGCAGCGCCGUCGUCAAC